AAAUGAGUGUAGCAACAAAGGGUUUGAUUGAAUUUGUAAAUCCAUGUAAUAUAGAUUAUGAAGUUAGAUAAAUUACCAAAGUUUGUUAAAUAAGUUCAUUUAUAAAUGAGAGAAAUAGAAGGAAGACAACCUUUUGGUUAAGGGUUAUAUCAUUGCAACAAUUAUGAAAAUUUAAUAAAAAGACUGAGUGAUAGUAGAUAACAAUAUAGAUAAUAAAAAGAAAUAUAAACUAGAAAAUAAUUAGCAUCAGAAGAAUAUUUAGCUUGGACUAAUUAUAUUAAAGAACGUAGUUUAGAAUUACCUGAGUAACAUAGAGUAACUGGAAAAUAAUUAAAUGAAUUGAGAAGAUCAUUUGAAGUUUUUAUAAGUAAAGGAGAGAAUGGUCUUAGACCAUCUGAAUUACUAAAUUUUUUGAAUGUAUUAAUAAUAAUAUAAAUAAGGAUUACACAAGAGUUAAUCAAUUUACAAUAGCAUUAGAUAAUUGGUGUGUAUUGUAAAUGGUUCAUUACAGUAUGGGUUAUCCAAUGAAUAUGAAUAGAUUAUUAAGAUUUGAAGAAAUAGUUACUUUAGUAUAAACAAAAGUAUUAGCAACAUAUGAAAGAUCACUUGGAUAAGAUUUAUUAUUUAGAGAGAUUUGUUCAUAUGGUUAUUGGAAUUUGUUUGAUUAAAAUAAGGGAUAUAUGAGUAUAAAAGAAUUUAGUAAUUUUGUUAAAGUAAUAAUUAUAUAUAUGAGAGAUAUUUAAAUAUAAUGUUGAACCAACAUUGGGAGGAAUACUAAAGGAAUUUGGAUUGGCAGCAAAUUUAUUUUAGGGUGAAUUUAGUAAAGAGAUAGAUGCAAAAGAAGAGAUAGUGAGAUUCGAUUUUUUUAGAUAUUUAUUUUUAGAGAGAAAUCUGUGA